AUGAGAGUCAAGCCCUGGAUUACCUUCGAGAGUCUGGCGAAGACCUUCAACACCGUGAAUCGCGAUCGACUCUGGAAAUUCCUGCAGAUAUUCGGGUGUCCCGAACGAUUUGCUAAAAUGGUAAGAAAGUUUCACGACGGGAUGACGGUUUGUGUCAUUGACAACAGGACAGUCUCUGAAGCAUUUGUGGUGACCGAUGGGGUGAAAAAGGGCUGCAUUCUCCUCCUGUUCAAUCCCGUAUUCUCCGUCAUGCUGAUGGAGGCCUACUGUGAAGAACGACCGGAGAUUGACAUCAGCUAUCGAAUCACUCAAAAGAUGUCCAACAUCCGUCGUUCGAAAGUGUAA